AAAACCUUGCGGCCUUCAGUGAUGAUGUGCCCUUUGCAGGACAGAGUUUUCAUCCACUACAACGAUGGCGAUGCCUGGGAGCGCUGUUGCAUCCAGGAGAACAUCUUCAAUGGAGAGCUUUCCGCGAAGUGCGAGGCCUUGUACGAGAAACCA